GCGCGAGGCUGUGUGUCUCAGUUAGGCGGGCGCGCGGGGGCCUCCAGGCGGCGGCCGGUCGCGCGGGGUGGGCCCCGGCUGGGCUGUUGCGGGACGAUGGCGCGAGCGGCUCCCGGGUGGCCCCGGGCCCGCCUGUGGCUGGCGGCCGCCCUGCUGCUGCUCCCGGGGGCAGCGGCAUUACAGUGUUAUUGUCAUCUCUGUACAAAAGACAACUUUACGUGUGUGACAGAUGGGCUCUGCUUUACCUCAGUGACACGGACUGUAGACAAAGUCAUACACAAUAGCAUGUGCAUAGCAGAAACUGACCUGAUUCCCCGAGACAGGCCAUUUGUUUGUGCUCCCUCCUCAAGAGAUGGAGUUAUUACUAAUCCUCAUUGCUGUGAUAAAGACCUCUGCAAUAAACUAGAUCUUCCAAUUCCAACACCAGGCCCUACUCCAGCAAAACCUGCGUCUAGUCUAGGACCUGUGGAAUUGGCUGCUGUCAUUGCUGGACCAGUAUGCUUUGUUUGCAUUUCAUUAAUGUUAAUUCUGUAUAUCUGCCAUAAUCGUACAGUCAUUCACCAUCGUGUACCAAGUGAAGAAGAUCCCUCAUUGGAUCGUCCCUUUAUAUCAGAAGGAACUACUUUAAAAGACUUAAUUUACGAUAUGACUACUUCAGGCUCUGGGUCAGGUCUUCCCUUACUUGUUCAAAGAACAAUUGCGAGAACCAUAGUACUUCAAGAAAGCAUUGGAAAAGGUCGCUUCGGAGAAGUCUGGCGAGGAAAAUGGAGAGGAGAAGAAGUAGCAGUGAAAAUAUUCUCUUCAAGGGAAGAACGCUCAUGGUUUCGUGAGGCAGAAAUUUAUCAAACUGUUAUGCUACGUCAUGAAAACAUUCUUGGAUUUAUAGCUGCAGACAAUAAAGACAAUGGUACGUGGACUCAACUCUGGCUUGUGUCAGAUUACCAUGAGCAUGGAUCACUCUUUGAUUAUCUGAACAGAUAUACGGUCACUGUGGAAGGAAUGAUAAAAUUAGCUUUGUCAACUGCCAGUGGACUUGCACAUCUUCACAUGGAGAUUGUUGGCACUCAAGGAAAACCAGCAAUUGCUCACAGAGAUUUGAAAUCAAAAAAUAUAUUGGUAAAAAAGAAUGGGACAUGUUGUAUUGCAGAUUUAGGAUUGGCAGUAAGACACGAUUCAGCAACUGACACAAUUGAUAUUGCCCCAAACCACCGAGUGGGCACAAAGAGGUACAUGGCUCCUGAAGUUCUAGAUGAUUCCAUAAAUAUGAAACACUUUGAGUCAUUCAAGCGAGCUGACAUCUAUGCAAUGGGCUUAGUGUUUUGGGAAAUAGCUCGGCGAUGUUCAAUUGGUGGAAUUCAUGAAGAUUACCAGUUACCAUACUAUGACCUAGUCCCAUCAGAUCCCUCUGUUGAAGAAAUGAGGAAGGUUGUUUGUGAGCAGAAGCUAAGGCCCAAUAUUCCCAAUAGAUGGCAAAGCUGUGAGGCUUUACGAGUAAUGGCAAAAAUUAUGCGAGAAUGUUGGUAUGCCAAUGGAGCAGCCAGGCUAACAGCUUUACGUAUUAAGAAAACAUUAUCACAGCUCAGUCAACAGGAAGGCAUAAAAAUGUAAUCCUAGAUUUGCUACUGAAAAACACUCUACAGAUCCAUAUCUGCACCUGGGUGGCGUGCUUAGAAGGUUAAUUGUUCUACCUCACUGAGGGAACAGAAGGUUAUUGAUGCCUUUUGAUACUUCAUAGGAACGUCAUUUAUUAGCCCCAGGGUUCUUGUGGACAUGGUAAACUAUUAUGUUGAGUUCUUUCUGUGCACUAUGAACACCUCCUUCCCAGGACACUUAUAAAAUAUUGUGUAGCCUCUUAUUUUUAUUAACAUGUAACCUUGAUUUUAAAAGUUGAUUGCUGGUCUUAACUUUUAGUUAACUGCUGGAAAUACAAAGAUUGUUUCUAAGAUAGUGCAACUGGUUCAUUAAACUGUAUACAGUGCAUCGGGGGUUUAAAUGAUUUAUUCCUGAUUUGGUACAUUGAGUAUUCUAAACCACUGUAAGACAUCUUUGAUUCAGAUUUUGAAUGUAGUAUUACAGUGUACCUUUCUAGUUACCAUGGUUACAUCUAUUGGACACUUACCUUGAUUUACAAAAAUGACCUCUUUUAGUUGUGGGGAACAUCAUUUAUGCAAUCUUUUUCUAUACUAUUACUGCUCUUUCACUUAUUCAGAACAUUGCAUUGCCUUCAAAAUAGAUUGUACUUUACCAGUAAGUGCCACUUUUGAGUCUUUCUAAUGCAAAUCAGUGGGAACAUAACAGUCUAUGGUACUUUUGGUUUCAAAAUUAAGAGUUCAAAAAUUCAGUUACUUUGUUGCUUGGCUAAAGACAUAAUUCACAUUAUUCAGUAUAGUUACAUUCUUCUUGGAAUAUGUUUCUUUUAACAAAAUUGUUUCUUAAACCACUUAAGGAAUUAGUUUAUUUACUGUCAUAUACUGUUCUAUAAAUGUCACAUGCCGUGAGUUGUAAUUAUAUCUAAGAAGAAUUGUUUUAAUCAAGUGGCAUUCUUAAAAAGCAGGUAGUACCUUUAUCUAUGUGAAGUAGCAGAAGGGCUAAUGGCUUUUUAAGAAAAAGGGGGUUGUUCUUUGCCACUUGUGAAAAACUUACUUUUUGUGCAGUUCUGCAAAGCCUUUUUUUUUUUUUUUUUGCUCAGAAUCAGUAUUAUUUGCAAAUAAGAGUUAACUGAAUCUGUAAUUAUAUGUAAUGUUUGGGCUUGAUUUUUAGAAAGUUAAAACCUGCUUAUAAAUUAUACAUUCAUAUACUUUGUGUAUAUGUCUCAGACUGAAAAUGACAAGCUGCAAGUCUUUGGAUACAAACACCAGAAGGUUCUAAAACCCUCAUAAUAACUACAAGAGCAAAGUUAAGCAGGUUUGUGUUGUCAUAAGAACCCGGAAAAAAUAUGCAGAGCUUUACUCAAGAUUUACCUAAAUUCUACAGACUAUCACAGAAUUUUAACGAACUUAAUAUAACGAUUUUGUGACCCACUUUCUCAAUGAACAACAUUUUAUGGUGCAUAAAAAACCAGAAGUCGAGGAGGAAUUAGCGGUCUUAAAAACUUUUUCAGGGGAGGUUAAGCUUCAGGAUAGUAGGUAUAGUUUAGUCUGCCUACUACCAAUUUGACUGUUGCGCAAAAAAAAAAAAUCAUUGGGACUCUUAUGUACAACACAGGCGAGACGCAUGCAUUCCCAAGUUCUUAGAAAUUAUGCCAUUUAAUGCUUAUAACCUUUUGGUCACUCUCAGACGCACACAUCUUAUUAACCCCACUACUCAGAUGCCAGACACUGCAACAUUAACUCUGCUUGUAUUUUACCCUUAUGCAUACAGCCAUUUAAGAUUUCUUCUGAAGCUUCAGUUGCAUGGAGAUAGUGUACUGUUCAGCCAUAGUGCUGUUAAGUAGGGCUGUGCAAAGCUUCAGUCUCUGAUUUGAUUCAGUGCAGAUUCAGCCUAAUUCAGUGGUUGAAUCUCUGAAUCCAGAUUGAAUCGGAGGACCCUUUAAUCUCUCUGAAUCAAAUCGGAACCCUCCAAAUUGAUUUCAGAGAUUUGGAAAGGUUUGGUGAUUUGGACAUAGACACAGCUUUAAAUGUUUUUUCUACAUACCUCUAGGUAGCAAGUGGCUCGUAAAUGCUGCGAUGCUGGGGCUCAUGGAGUGCCCCACAGGAACAUGGUGGGACUUCUGGUCCACUUCUGGGUCCACCGGGGAGCACACAGGGGGGCCCCCCGUGCUCCCCCCCCUCAGUGACUGGUGCCUCCUGGGUGUGGGGGGGCACCCGGGGUCCCCCCCAUGGCAGAUUGCUGACCUGGGGGGACCCCAGCAGCCCCAGAAGUAGACCACAAUUACUUCCGGUCCACUUCUGGGUUCGCCGCCGAGUACGGGGAGGGUUCCCCAUGUUCCUGUGGGAUGCUCCAUCCACCCCAGCAUCACAGCAAUCAUGAGCCAUGCUGGUACUCCGAGGUAUGUAGAAAAAACAUUUAAAGCUGUGUCUGUGUCCGAAUUGCUGAUACUCUGAAUCUGCACUGAAUCUUCAGAUUUGGAUUCGGCCGAAUCAAAUCAAGGACAGUGAUCCAAAUCAACUAAUCGAAUCAGUGUCCCUGAUUCGGGCUGAGUCCAAAUCUGAUUCACAUAGAGCCCGGUUUGCACACCCCUAGUGUUAAGGUUACUAUGUUGGGUCCUUUAUGUAUGCAAAAUGGUAGUAGUAAUUAGGUGGGUGCCUGGGUGAAAAAGGUCUAUGUAGUGAUAGGCAGGGUGUAAUAUUUUCCUUUGACUUCCUUGCUUUUAUUGGUGUGCAAUAGCAGCCUUCACUGUUUCAUAGUUUGUAUGUUUCCUAGUUUAAUGUUUUCUUGGAAGUGGGAGUUGUACAGCAUAGAAUUGUGGACCUCUGAGGGGCUUGGAAUUACAACUGCUAACACAUUUUUACCCAUCAGUUGCUGUUUAACUGCAGCCAUGGCCUACUGUGGGAUGGAAUCUGACAGAAAAGCAAAGUUCCUGUCAGAGAGACUUUGGAUCUGAGCCCACAUAGGUUUAUCAGGUUGGUGUGUUUGACCUUAUCUGGUUGGCAUGGGAUCUGCCCUCAUUGAUCACACUUGCAUGUGCCUGGACUCAGUCAGAUUUUUUUAUAGGGUCAGUCAGUGUAUGCAUACCUGGACUCCAUCAAUUAAAAUGCAUAUCACUGUGAAUUUCCAAAAACAACUGCUAAAAGUGACCCCAGAGGUAAUGUUUAAACCUGUUCAUUGCGCCAAAUCUACCUAGUAUCCACUUUUUAACAAAUUUUGAGUAAACAGUUUUUUUCUUUAAGAUUGGUCAUCAGUGAGGUGGCAGUGGGGGAGGGGAGGGGGGAGUAGGCAGGGAUGCUACUGAGGGAAAAAUUAUGGCAAGAGCCAAAUUUCAACGUGUUUUGUUUUGUUUUUUUUUUCCCAUCAAAAAUUUGAAGAGGAACCAAAUGAACUUUUGUGUUUUGAAUUGACCUGUGUGAAUAGCCCUGUGUGAACUUGUACUUGGCCUACCGCUUUUAUAGAAAUAGGCAGAGGUAAAUCCAGUGCAGAGAGGUGAUUCAUUUGCUCUCCCCUACUCUCCACCCCCCCCCCCCAAACACACAUGCACACUUUGGCUGUACAUUGCUGGGGUGAGGAAGAAGGGGGAGAGCUGCAAGCUUCAAGGCUCAUUGUGAUCUCAGAGAUCACAGCACAUGUGGCAGUCCAGCUGCAGCUGUGCUGACAUGCCAGUGGGCUCUAAGAGCUCACUGGGUGGUAUUCAGGAUCAUAGCAAGGGACUGCAGCCACAUGUCCUUCUGGUGUAUGGCACAUGCACAACGAUGUGUCUUCACCAGGCAUAUAUCCCACUGUCAAGAGUGGGAUAUAGCUGUUGCGCCCCUGUCACCAUGAUCCAGGAUCCACCCAUGGGAAAAGUUUUUUGUUUUUUUUUUUAUGCCAUUCUUAAAAAAUGAAGCUAUAUACUUUUCUAUUCUGUACUUCAUUAGUGGGGAGAAGAUGAUCUUUUUAGGAGGACAAAUUGAAAAAUCCACCAGUACUGACCUUUAUAAAAACUGUGAAGUAUUUCACAACUUUGAUUUCAGAACAUUUUAAAUACUUCCAUGGUAAAAUAAAAAGAACUCUAUCAUUCUUAAAAGUAAAUGUCUAGAGCAGUAGUACAGGACUGUAGCAUGCAAGUUACCCUACAACUGAUUAGUGUAAUUCAGUUUUGUAUGUCAUCUUUUUGUCCCAUUAGCCAUAACUUUCUUGAAAACUAGUAGCAAUCGUUGUCAAGCUUUAUAAAUUCUUACAAAAAUUGCACAGAAGGGGGUUAGGGUAAUGAAUUUUAGUAUUUGAAUGGAAAUUAUUUGGGGAAGAAAAUUAUAUAAUGAUACAAUGCAGAAUAGGAAAAUUGUGAAUAAAACUGUAUGUAUCCUGGGUUCUGAUGACAUCACAAGCUUAAGCUUUGUUCUUGUUUUUCAUUUUAUCAUCUGAACACCUUUUAUGAGUAGGUGUCUGUAUAUAUUAUGUAGCUUUUUAUAUAUUACCUGUGUAAAAUCAUAUAUCUAUAUAUGUGCACACAGGCGCACAUCUAUUUUUUAAAUUAAAACUGUAAUAUCACUAGAUCUGCUCUUGGAAAGCCAGGGGGACCAAACUAUUUUAGCACUCAAAAGAUUAAUUUUGUAUCAUUUCAAGGAUAUACCAAAACAAUUUCUGAUGAGAAAUACUGAUGCAAAUGUUCACUGUAUAUAUACAUGCAUUAUACAUUCACUUCAAGGUUCACAGAUUUCAUCAAUUUGACAUUUUAGUAGCAUUGAAGCCUCACUUCAAAUUACAGACUUGUGACCAGAUGAAUAUGGACAUAUUCCAAGGGACGUUGGAAAUGGUCUGGUACUAAAAAGCCUCAAAAUGUCCUUUUUUGGAAUGCUGGAAUUCUUCAGGAACCCUUCUUCCUUGAAAGCUGUAAUUCUGGGAUGUUAUUGAAGCUAUCUAAGCAGCACUGGCACACUUUCACCACCAACUGAAACUUUUUUGCUUGUAAUCUUAAUAGACUUUGUAAAUAGGGGUAGUGGGAUUGACUCUGAAGACUUAGGUCUAUCUAGUGGCGCGAGAGGCUAUUUUUUAUUUUUUUUUAUGAAAUAAUGGUUUUGUGAGUUGAGUGCCAUGAAAUCCAUUUUUAGUUAGAUCCUUUAUCUUGUGCCAUUGAAAUGAUUACAAGGUGUUUGACACUUUUACAUGUAAAAGAAAAGCUUCAAUAUGUCAGUUGCUUUAAACUUAAAUUACCUCUUAAAAGACCAAGGUACAUUUACCUCAUUGUGUAUAUAAUGUUUAAUAUUUGAGCAUUCUCCAGGUUUGUGAUCACAUUUCUAGAAAAUAUGGGUAUUGCUAAAUUUACGACUUCAAUGGUACUAACUCUUAAUUGUUUAUCUGGUGACCCAGAAUACUUUAUUUUCUGUAUUUUAUUGUAUUUCUGCAAGUUUGCUGCUUUGUCAGUGUAGCAUAUGCCCUUCCAGAGCUGUGUGGAUAAUGCCUUGUAUAAAUUUUACAUAUUGGGUGAUAAAUUUUGAGAAUCCUGUACAGAUGAGUUUGUCAUUUUUUUAAACCUUAAAAAACUGUGCAUUUCCCCGUACAUUUCUGAAAAAAAAUAUGUAUUGUAUUUGUAGAGUAUACAUUACAAUGGAUUGUAAAUAGGAAAGUAGAAGAGUGAUGCUUAUGUUAAGUGCUAACACUACAGUAGAAAAAUUUAAAGGAAUGAAAAUAAAUUUACUUUUUCAAAGUAGAUAA